AUGGACCUACAGACAGAGCAUCGCAAUCCAGAGGGGCGUACAUAUUGGUUCAACACUGGCACAAGAGAAAGUGUCUGGGAGAAGCCAGAUGAUCUGAAAACACCGUUUGAGCGCGCUCUAAACCAGACGAAAUGGAAAGAGUAUUUCUCCGGGGGACGAAAAUACUAUUACAAUACUGAGAGCAAAGAAUCAAAAUGGGACAUGCCCGACGAGCUUCUCCUACUCCUGGAGAAGGUAGAGCAGGAAGGCAAGGCAGCGCAACAACCGAACAAUGCUUUAGUCCGCGCCGCCCCGGGCUUUAAUCAAGCUGGCGGGACACCCAUGCAAGGUGCACCUGCUGCUCUGGGAGGGACUGACCCAUCCUUAUCCGCCCCCGGUUCUCAGACGCAAACGAACGGAUAUCCUGGAGACCUUACCGUCGGCGCGCAUACUGGGCCUCUGCCAUUCCAGCCGACCAGCGUGCUCCCUGCACGACCCAACUUACCUGAUGAUCCGGUGAUCCCGCACAACGGGUUUUCUACUGUCGAGGAAGGGGAAAAGGCGUUUGUACAUUUGCUUCGCAAGGCUGGUGUGGACGCAAACUGGACGUGGGAUCAGACGAUGCGUGCCAUUAUUACUGACCCGUUAUACAAAGCUUUGAACACCCUAGCGGAGAAGAAGGCAUGCUGGCAAAAGUACACUGACAACCUCAGGGCAAAAGAACAGGAGGAACGUGAUGCGCGCUUAUCCAAAUUGCGCCCUGCCAUCAGGAACAUGCUGAAAGGAAAUCCGAAUGUGUUCCACUAUACAACCUUCGCCACCGCCGACAAACUCUUCGCCCAGCACCCAAUUUGGGCGCAGGCGAGGAUUGAGUCCGAAAGGCGACUCAUUUUUGAGGAGUAUGUCACCGAGCUCAGGCAACGCGAAGUGCAAGAAAGCCGUGCCGCUCGUGCGCGCAGCAUCUCCAAAAUUGUUGCGCUGUUCAAACGCCUCGAUGUCGACGUCACUACACGUUGGCGUCAAGCACAUCAGCUUGUGCUUGAGUCCGAAGAAUGGAGGAGCGACCCGGAGCUGCAGAAGCUACCCACUCUUGACAUUCUUCUCGCGUUCGAGGACUACAGCCGCGUGCGGGAGCGAGAGUUUGAGGAGCAAAUGCGACGUGCACAGGUCGAGAAGACCCGCAAGGAGCGCAAGGCGCGAGAGGCGUUCAGGGACCUUCUCCAGUCCCUCGUCAAGUCUGGCCAAAUGAAGGCCCGCACAAAGUGGAAGGAUGUGUAUCCAUCCUUCUCGGAUGACAUUCGCUACCUCGACAUGCUGGGCAAUCCUGGCUCCAAUCCGCUCGAGCUCUUCUGGGACCUUGUCGACAACCUUGAUCAGCAGCUUGAUGCGAAGAUUGCCGUCGCCGAGGGUGCGAUCAAGCGCCAUAACAAGAAGCUCGAGGCGCAGCAGGAGAAGCAGGUUCCGGAAGGCAAGGAAAUGAACCUGUUCAAGGUCAGCCCGGAGACGUCGGAAGAGGAGUUCCUCGCCGUGAUUCAGGGUAACGAGGACGAAGACGUGCGCAAACUGAGUAUGCAAGAUUUGCAGGAGAUCUAUCAUACCUUACACUCGCAAGCUAUGAAGCAGCAGGCGGACGAGAGGCGCCGUGCGGAGCGGCGACAGCGCCAUUUGCAAGAUGAUCUGCGCUAUGCUCUCAGAAAGCUGUCUGAGCCUAUCGACCUGAGCAUGUCGUAUGAAGAGGCUGUUCCUCUUAUGCAAGAUUUGCCUGAAUAUAAAGCCAUCGAGGAUGAGGAGGGACGAAAAGCUGCGUUCUCCAAGUAUAUAAAGCGUCAGAGGGCAAGUCGACUACGUGAACGUGAGCGCGAGGCUUCCGAAGAUGGCGGUUCAACGACGAGCCGCAAGCGCAAAGAGGUGCCGAAGGAUGCACGCGAACCCGAGCGCGAGCGAGAUCGAGACCGCGACCACCGCGAGCGCGAGAGGGAUGUUGAGAAGGAUGCACAUCAUGACCGCGCUUCUCGCUCACAUCGCGGACACGACGAGUAUGAUGCUCAUCCUGCGAGUCGCACCUCGCGGGAUUAUGCGCGCGAACGAGACUACUCACGGGACAAGGCGCACCACCCUCGCGAGAAGGAGCGGGAUUACACACGGCGAGACCGCCGGAGCUCGAAGGGCGACUUUGAAUUUCUCCCGCCGCGGGACUGGGUGGAGGGCCCACCGCCGUUUGACGUACACGACGGCCCUCCGGCCAGGGAGAGAAGUGCCUCAAUUUAUCGCGAGGAACCGCCGCGAGACAAGAGAGACCGUUCAGUGUAUGAAGACCGAGUGUUCGACGAGAGGGCAGAGAAGGAGCCUCCCCCUCGCGCGGAGACCCCAGAGGAAGGCGAGAUAUAG